UCGCCGCUACGAUUUAGCGGCUUGAUUUUGGUAUCGCCUAAAACCGGAGCGUUGUGCAUCUCCCUGCUCAUUUCUGAUGAAAAGCAGGUCUUCGGCAAUAUCCCUACUCAUCUCUGAUCAAACAAGAAGUAAAUUUGCUUCAAGUUAUUUUGAUAUAUAAUGCGAUUUUUAUGGGAAUGCUAAGCAUGCAUAACAAUUCUUGUGCGAUUAUGAUUAAGGGCGUACAUACUGAUAUUGCCCUGAAAGUAUACAGCAAUCGCAUACUCUUAAUCAUCAGUCAGGUCAAAAAGUUUGGGUCUAUGAUAGCUGUGAGUCGUGAAACUACUGUUCGUGACUUUAGUAGCGACGUAUAUUCUAUUAAAACUUUAUUUGGCAAGGAUGAUCCUGAUAGUCAUGUAGCAGGUAGAUACAUUGCUGAACACAUUGACAUAGACAGAGCACUGUUAUUAUCAAUUUGUAUAAAAGAUUACGAUAUUGAAACAUUGAAGCCUAUUGUGUUUGCUAUAAAUCAAUUGAAAUCUUGGUAAUAAUUUAAAUCAUUAUGAGUUCUAUAUUUGGUCAGUUAGUUAUUGGACCUCCAGGUAGUGGUAAAACUACAUACUGCAAUGCCAUGGGUAAAUUUUUGGAAAAGAUGGGCAGAAAAGUAGCCAUCGUAAAUAUUGAUCCAGCUAAUGAGAACAUGGAGUACACAUCAACAGUAGAUAUAUCUGAGCUCAUCAAACAUGAUGAAGUUAUGACUACUUAUGGACUUGGGCCUAAUGGUGCUCUGAUGUAUUGUAUGGAAUUUUUGGAAAAAAAUGUUGACUGGCUAAUCAGUAAAGUGCUCAAUCUCAAGGAUCACUAUUUGAUAUUUGACUGUCCUGGCCAAGUUGAAUUAUACACACAUCAUAAGUCAGUGUCUAAUAUAGUAGAAAAGUUGGGACAGAAUUUAAUUAGAUUAUGCAGUGUGCAUUUAGUAGAUUCACAUCACUGCAGUGAUCCUGGAAAAUACUUAUCAGCUUUACUUCUUUGCACAAGUACCAUGUUGCAAUUGGGUUUACCUCAUGUAAAUAUUUUAACGAAAUUAGAUCAAAUGAAAGAAUUCAGUGAUCGCUUAGCAUUUAACAUUGAUUUUUAUACAGAAGUGUUGGAUUUGAAAUAUCUUUUGGAGAAACUUGAGGAAGACAGAUUUAUGGCUAAAUACAAGAAACUAAAUGAAGCAUUGGUUUCUUUAGUCGAGGAUUAUAGUCUUGUAAGUUUUCUACCGUUAGACAUUUCAAACCAGGCUUUACUUUUACAAGUAAAGAAUGCUAUAGAUAAAGCGAGUGGUUAUGUCUUCGGAGGCAACGAACCUCAUGAUGUUCAAACAUUACUUGCUUGUGCUGUAGGAGCAGUAAGUGAGACUGAGAAAAUGUCUGGUAUCGAUGAUUAUUUAUAAACAGAAGAGGCACAAUUAAAUGAUAUAAUAGAUAAAAGUAAUUAUAUUUUGAAAUGAAUAUUUGAAUCAUUCAAAAUUCGUAUUGGUUAUAUACAAAUAGCGCAUAAAGGUUUUGUGUUAUUAAGUAA